AUGAGUAGGCCUAUAAAGCCCCCUCGUCGCCUGGUAGGAGAGGAAACCAACACCAACAAGACCAACAAACUUCGCAUACACUCAUCCCGUUCAAUCAUACUGUCACUCAUCAUGCUCUCCAAGAUCACCGCCCUCGCUCUUCUCGCCACCGGCGCAUCCGCAACGGCCCUCCCCCGUAGCGCAGACUGGACCUGGGACGUCACCGACUUCAGCAGCGUCUGCAGCGCAUCCGCCUGCCGCUACUCCUUCAACAUCUCCGCACCCGCCGGCCCCUCCGGCCAGCCAGCCUUCGAUGCAGAGUUCUGCUCUGGCACCAGUCUCCAGGGCGGCUACAAAUCUUGCGAUGUGGUUGGUAUCGAUAGACCGGGCGAUGUGCAGACGCAAGAGUUCAAUCGCGGGAGUGAUGUUGGUGCGACUGUUAGUGUGCAGUACACGUUUACGCAGGGUGAAGUGAGGUACACGUAUACGGGUAACGAGACUGUUAAGCAUACUGGAUUGGGUCCGGCGGUGGAUUUCAGUAUUGUGCCUACGGAGGUGACUGCUGUCGCUAAGAAGGCCAAGAAGUCACUGGACAAGGACGUACAACCCCGUUUUCUCGGCAAGAUGUCCAAAGGGGUCAAGUAUGUGAACCCGCCUGGCUCACAGGAGUAA